GUAUUACAAUUCUAACAUGAUCGAUCUUUUCAUAAGUGAGUGAAUUUAAUUAUUACACCAUAAUUGUAACACCUUUUUUAAGGCAUUCUGAUUCUUGUAAUAAUAUAAGUAUCUUUCCAUGAUCGGAAAUGCAUCAUCAUCUCCCUAUAUAAAGACAUCCAAGGAUCAUUAUCAUGUCCAUAGUUCAAAAAAUCAUGACAAGUUCAUCUCCACCAAGCAAAUCAUCAAAUGAUGGAGAGACUAGCGAGCGAAGAGGUUCAGACGCAACGACGUCUAGGGUUUUUUCUUGUAAUUUUUGCAAACGAGAGUUCUCGACUUCACAAGCCCUCGGUGGCCACCAAAAUGCGCAUAAACAAGAGCGCGCCUUGGCCAAAAGGCGACACGGCUUAGCAGACAAUAAUGUGCCUCCUUAUGUUCAUCACCCACAUUAUUAUCAUCCCUACUCAACUGCCUUUUCCUCACAAAUGAUCCCAUUCUAUACUACUGGUACCUCUCUGAUGAGCAACAGAUCCAUCGGCGUCACGCCCGAUUACUCGUCGUCCUCCAUUCAUAGGCUGCCUUCCUCCUAUCAUCCACCACCGCCAUUUUUGGGUUCUCGAUACGAUAGGGAGAAAUGGAUACCGAGAUCGCCGUCGCCGUUGAUAUUACGGCCCGAAAGUCUCCAAGCAAGCAAUGGCGAUGCUUUCGGGAUGGGUAUGGCCGAGACAAAAAAGGGUCGUCUGCUGGCUUCAAUUAAUAUUGACGAUCGAAAUAAUCGGAUGCUAGCAAAUAGUAGCUUAUCAAGAAAUAAUGAAGGUAAAAGUAGUUGUCCGUUUUUGGGCGAUAAUGAAGACAAGGGAACAGAUGAAGAAGGUGAUGAUUCCGGGAUCGAUUUGAAUCUAAGGCUUUGAUUUUAA